AUGGAUGAAGAAGGUUCUUCAUUGAAUGAUGUUCUUCGUGAACAUCCAUACUGGCCAUGUGUUGUUGGAUCUGGUUUGAAUCUUCAUGCGGAUCAGGUUGCUUUACUGAAAAUCAAAUCCAGAAUUACAGAUGAUCCUCAUGGUGCGUUCAGAUCAUGGAAUGAUUCUCUUCCUUUUUGCAUGUGGCAAGGAGUGACGUGCGGUCUUCGCCACCAAAGAGUCACAAGCUUGAAUCUAACAGGAAAAGAUUUAGAAGGUUCGUUAUCUCCUUUUCUUGGAAACCUCAGCUUUCUGAGGUCCAUCAUCUUAGAUAACAACCGGUUUCAUGGAAGUAUCCCACUUGAAAUAAGUAGUUUAUCACGAUUAGAAAAACUUUCCUUUAUGAACAAUUCUUUCACCGGAGAAAUCCCAGCUAACAUAUCAAGUUGCUCAAAACUGUGGUUACUUAACUUAGUAUCAAAUAAGUUAUAUGGAAAAAUUCCAAAUAUUUUUAGUUCUCUGCGGAUGAUGAAAACAUUACUUUUAAGCGCAAAUAACUUCACAGGAGGGAUUCCACCAUCCAUUGGCAAUCUCACAUAUCUUGAAGAACUCUUUCUAACUAGAAAUCCAUUAGGAGGGAGCAUUCCCGAUUCCUUCAAUCAGUUGAAAGAAUUGAGACAAUUGGGAUUCGGAAGAAAUGGCCUCAUCGGAGAGUUUCCAAUGUUUUUCUAUAAUCUUUCAAUGUUAGGGGCUAUAGGUAUUUCAGGAAACCAGCUUCAUGGCAAUCUACCCACAAACAUAUGUUUGAACCAACCUCAUCUCUGGUGGCUAGUAAUAGAUACUAAUCACUUUAGUGGCUUCCUUCCACCCUCAAUAUCAAAUUGUUCAGAACUGGAACAGUUUGAUGCUUCUAUAAAUGAUUUCAAGGGGGGAAUAAAAAUUGAUUUUGGAAAACUGCAAAAACUUCGGAAUUUGGGUCUUGGUGCCAAUAGUUUUGAAGCUGAUUGCAAGAAUCUCUUUGAUUCUUUGUCCAAUUGUAGCAAUUUAGAGACUCUGGAACUCGGAGAAAACAGAUUAACAGGGGUGUUACCAAAUUCGCUUGGGAACUUCUCAUCCAAAUUGAGUUAUAUAGGGCUUUCUCUAAAUUAUGUCUCAGGCAGUCUCCCUUCACCUAUAGGCAGUUUGUUUGGCCUGACUGAAAUCAAUCUAGCACUAAACAACUUCACAGGCAUGAUUCCUGAAAGCAUAGGAAAGCUUCAAAACAUGGAAAGGCUAUAUCUCGAUUCCAACGCUUUCACUGGGAUUAUUCCACCAUCUAUAGGAAACCUGUCAUCUCUUACCGAGUUAAGAUUGGGUGCAAACAAAUUGGAAGGCAUUAUACCAUCGACUUUAAGCAGUUGCAAAAAAUUGUUAUCUCUAGACCUUUAUAACAAUAAGCUUAGAGGAAGUGUGCCCAAAGAGAUAUUCCAUCUGUCUUCGCUUUCCAUUGUGCUAGAUCUGAGUGAAAACAACCUGUCUGGAGCGCUUCCCCAAGAGAUUGGCAACCUGAGGAACUUAGGAUAUCUUGAUUUGUCCGAGAAUGUUUUAUCAGGUGAGCUUCCAAGUGGUCUUAGCAGUUGCAUCAGCCUUCAAACACUAAAUCUUUCUAGUAAUUUCUUCCAUGGAUUGAUGCCUGAGGAAUUCAGAUCUUUGAGAGGCCUCGAAUAUGUUAACUUGUCCCGAAAUAACUUUUCAGGGCCUCUUCCAACAUAUUUGCAAGAAAUGGAUUUGAAGUUUCUAGAUCUUUCAUAUAAUAACUUCGAGGGAGAGCUGUAUGUUAAAGGUGUUUUUGCCAACACAAGUACUAUAUCAAUCACCGGGAAUCGCAAACUUUGCAAUGGCAUACUUGAUCUUCACCUUCCAAAAUGCACAACUAGCGACUCCAAAAGAAGUAAUAGAAAGCUUUCUGUUCGUGUAGUAGUGUUUUCACUAUCUUCAACUGUCUUAGGUUUAGCUCUGGUGUCAUUUCUCUUAUUUUACUUUUGUAAAAAAAAGAAUACAGAUAAACCAUCAGAUGCAGUAUCCAUAGAAUCUUUUGAGAAGAUUUCAUAUGCAAGACUUUUCAAAGCUACUGAAGGGUUCUGUCUAGAAAACCUGAUUGGUACAGGCAGCUUUGCUUCAGUCUACAAAGGAGUUCUUAUUGAAAGUGGCUUAACUGUGGCAAUCAAAGUACUAAACCUUAAUUGUCGAGGAGGUAUUAGGAGUUUUACGGCCGAGUGUGAUGCCUUGAGAAAUAUUCGCCAUCGCAACCUGGUGAAGGUCAUAACUUCUUGUUCAAGUAUCGAUUUCCAAGGCAAUGAUUUCAAAGCUUUAGUAUAUGAUUUCAUGCCUAAUGGGAGUUUGGAGAGUUGGCUGCAUGCAAUAAAACGAGUGCUUGGUCUUGCUCAAAGAAUCAAAAUUAUCAAGGAUGUGGCUUGUGCUCUUGAUUAUUUACAUUGUCACUGUGGAAAUGUAGUAGUUCAUUGUGAUUUGAAGCCGAGCAACAUUUUAUUAGACACUGAUAUGGUCGCUCAUGUCGGAGAUUUUGGGCUUGCAAAAAUUCUUUCCCUUGAAGGAGUUCCAAACGCAAACAACAAAAGCUCAAGUGUUUUCAGAGGAACCAUUGGCUAUGCACCUCCAGAAUAUGGACUUGGAAGUGAAGUUUCAACCAAUGGGGACAUUUAUAGCUUUGGGAUCCUGUUGUUGGAGAUGAUGACGGGGAAGAAACCUGUUGAUCCAAUGUUUGAAGAAGGUCUAACUUUGCAUUUGUAUUCUAGGAAUGCUCUGGCUGAUGGUUCUGUGCUUCACAUUAUGGAUCCAUUGCUUCUAAAUGAGGAUGUUGAUGAAAAGGGUUUAAUUUCUUUAGUGAAAAUUGGAGUGCAAUGCUCUUCAGAGUCUCCAAAAGAUCGAAUGGAUAUUGGAACUGUUCUUCACGAGCUCUUCUCAAUAACAGUUACAACUUGA